AUGUCCCAGGAGAUCACACGCCCCGACCCGCAGAGCUGUGCCAGCAAACGUUUCUGGUAUCCACCCGACCUUACUCAUGUGCGUUCAAUGGCAGACGAGAUCCUAGAGAACAAGGCUGCAGAUUCAGUGAGAGAGGAAGGGGCCGUGCUAGACAGGUCAGUGCAUCUCUUUGAUAUUACAGAGAAGUUGGAGGUGAACGGAACCGUGGUGCAGCUGAAGAAAACAGAGCUGAAAUUCCAGGGAAUUUUGUGUGAUGGCAAAAGCUUAGAAGUGGAGGCCUCUAAGCUCUAUGCUAGACCCAGAGUUCAAGUUACUCAAAUGAUCUGCAAGGGGGAUGAGCGAGGAGCGUUUGCUGUGUCAGCCGUGAGAAGCGCCGUUCAGCUCCGAGCCCGGCCCCGUGGGCCUCCCAGCACCAGGAUGGUUACCUUCAUCCUCUGCCUGCUCCCUGCUCUCCUAGCUACGAGUGCACAAGCGGUGACUGUGACAUGCCAAAAAUGCCCUGAUUCAGCAAACUCCUGCCUGACUACUACAGAGACCUGCCAAAUAGACACGGCUAAUGGUGGCUGCGGUAUGGGGGCAGAGGACAAUACAUUGGACGGGUUCCAGACCAAGGCGUAUAGCAGAGUCUGUAUAGCAGACAAGAAUAACCGCAAAGAAGUUCUCAUCUCUUUCACUGUUGGGAAGGGCAAGUAUCUGAGGCUCAGCAUCGAAAUAUGCAACACAGAUAACUGUAACUCGGGCUCAGAAGUGCCCACGGGGAGCACCACCGAGAAUGGGCUGCAGUGUCCAAGCUGCUUGUCUCUGAACUCCGAUACCUGUGUCAGCCAAAUGACCCCUUGUACUGGGGAUGAGAAGCAGUGUGUCGAUUUCACUGGGACUGUAAGAAAAGGUUCAUCUUCAGCUGAAUCACCAUUUGUUGCAAAAGGCUGCUCUAUUGCGUCUACAGAAAGUAUUAAAGAUGGAGGCACCCUGCAUACUUCAGUCUACAUAUUCUCAAUCAAAAAGGCGACCUUCAAACCUGCGGAGAAAACAUCCACCAGUGGGGCCAGCCCGGCUCUGGGGAGAUUCUCCUUUGCCCUCUACCUGCCUGGCCUGACUGGGCUGCUGCUGGUGAAGCUGCUCGCCUGACCCCCGCCCGGCACGGCCCUCACAGCACCUGAUUCCUGCGCGUUGCAGCCCGAGCUCUGAAUCGUACGUUAAUUCUAUUGAUUAUUCACAAAGUCCCAGUGCUCGCUGGGAGGUCUGACAGGUUCUGGGCCCUGGAUCCGUCCUAGUGUUAUUAAAAUUGCUGUUCAGUUGGGAACCCCGAGGGGGCCGGUCGCAGCCCUUGCACUGGAGGAACCUUCUGUGUUUCUAAUCGUGGAUCACACAUUUAGCAGAGUCCCAAAGGCUCCAGCCCAGGAAGGGGGACAGCGGUAACACAGAAUGUCCAUCUGAACCGCCCCGUUCUCGCACCGCCCCUUGUGGAACAACCGGAAAUGUUAGUCAUUAUUUUCCUCCUCACCAGCACCUUCCUCCUCAUCACCCGGGGCCGUGAUCCGGGCACCCCCCAAAUGCUGCCUCUCGCUCGCCUCCUGCCCACAGGCUGGGGUGCAACUUUUCUAAUAUGUUACGCCAAUGCCACUGUGCCUAAUGCCUAUUCAGUAGUGGCUUCUCCCUUCCUCCUUAUCUGUAUCUCCUCACCCUGCCGAUAUCGGGGUCCCUUCUCCUGUAGGUUAGGAUGUUACUGAUCUCAGCUUAUUCUCAGACACGUCAAUCCCUUGCCAUGGCCGGCUUGUGGUCAGA